AUGCGUCCAGCUGUGCACAACCUUAUUGUUCAUUUUGAUGUUUUAAAGAAAACCUCAACAGUGACACAUGACGAGGAAGGAGGUGGGCUUUACUGUUACUGUGUGUCUGGUUAGACACUAAAGUGCUGAUCUCAGAUGACCAACAUUUCAAAUGGAGGAACCAUCUCUACAGCUGCUGCUGGUUGUGAUCUCACUGCUGAGCUGCACAACAAACCAAGCCUCUCUGACUGUGAGUCCCAGCAGCUCUCAGAUGUUUGAAGGAGAGUCUGUCUCUCUGAGCUGUGAGGAGGACGACAGCUCUGCUGGAUGGACUCUGAGGAGGAACACAACCAGAGAAACCAGGACUCAGUGUGGACCUGACUGGGGAAGAAAUGCCGGUUCUUCCUGUAAAAUCAGCUUAAUUAUUCCAGAGGACAGUGGAGUUUACUGGUGUGAGUCCAGAGAGGGAGCAACCAGUAACAGCAUCAGCAUCACUGUCACUGGUGGACCAGUGAUCCUGCAGAGUCCUGUCCUCCCUGUGAUGGAGGGAGAAGACCUCACUCUGACCUGUAAAACAAAGACGUCCUCCAACCUCCCAGCUGGUUUCUAUAAAGAUGGCUCCUUCUUCAGGACUGAGCCUGCAGGUCACAUGACCAUCCACCAUGUUUCCAGGUCUGAUGAAGGCCUCUACAAGUGCAACAUCAGCAGUGUUGGAGAGUCUCCACCCAGCUGGGUCUCUGUCACAGGGAAAAGUCCUCCUACAUCCCCCUCUAGUCCUGAUUCCUUCCCUCCUCCCUCCGUAUUGUGGUCUGCUGCUUCAGUCGGUGUUCUGAUUGGGAUUGUUCAACUGGUUGUGCUGGUUCUACUGGUGAGACGAUGCGUCCGUAGGAAAAGGAAAGCUGUUGACGCUGGAGAUGAUGACAACACAGAUGACAUCACAUACACUGAUGUCCAAAUAGCACGUAACCUGCAAGUGCCAAUCAGACGGAGUAGAGAGAGUGAUCCUGCUACAAUCUACUCCGGAGUGAGAACAACAGAUGUCAGUUAUGGACAAAUGGCGAUCAAAGAGAUGAAAUCAAACAGGAAGAGAGAGUCUCCAGCAGAGCCAGAGGUCCUCUACUCCUCACUGAGGAAGACCUGAACACCAUCACACCAGUCCAACCAGUGGAGUCCAGCCGGCCAAUCACUGGUCCCCAGAGACCCUCACACCUGAGAACAUGCAUGUGUUUGAUUUCAUAUCUGUAUAUGUUAAAGCUAAAUGAGAUUAAUGCAGCUACAAAUAGACAAACAACUCACAUUAAGAACAUGUUUGCAUUCUUUAGAUGUGUUUCGUUAAAAAAAAAAAAACUAUGUCAUAGAUUUGUUCCUCUAUAACUGUUUCAUAACGGUGCACAACACCAACAAAUAUCUACUAAACAGAGUCUAAUGAUAAUAACUAUUUAAUGAUAUUUGUAUUGUAUUUAAACUCUGGUGUCAAUGGUUGUUUUCCUCGUGUGGUUCUGUGGGUUUCACAUCUCUGACAGAUGGAACAUUUGUUCUGGUUGUGGCUAACCGAUCUACGCUUCUCUUCAGCGCAGAGAACUGAGAAUAAACACCGCAGAAUAUAAA